AUGCAGGUCCAGGUCAACAGGGUUUCAGAAGCCCUAAUUGAGGCUUCAACAUCAGAAGCAGAAACCACAAUUGAGGUGGCGGGAAUUCCAAUCAACCAUUAUGAAGAGAAUUGUCUUGUUUACCAGAACAACCGCGAAUUCAGCCGGAACAGACUUAAAUGUGGAGAUCUUUUCUUCCUACAUAGGAUGUUGGUGGAAAAGUCGUGGGUAGACAUUUUAGACGGUGAGUUUGAUAUAGAGUAUGCGGUUAAACUUUGUAAAUUCGUUGAAAACGAGGAACCUUAUGCAGUUAAGAGUAGGGCUAUGGAAUUGACCUAUUCGGUUCCCAAAGGGAGGAAACUUCCCUCGGAAUUAGAGAACAUCUUAAUUGAACUUUCCAAUGAUAUAGGCUGUCCAUUUCCAUCCCAUGGUAAUCUUAAAAAGUGGGCCCUACAGGGGAUACUUUUGUUAAACUUUGCUCUUACAGUUAGAAAGAAAAGACCUAAUUCACAUGCGAAUAAGGGUUGGGAGCAUUUUACCGAUGCGGUUAUUAAAACCAUCUCUGAUCAGAAGUCAAAUGUUGUUUUUCUACUGUGGGGAAAAAUGGCUCAAGAAAAAAUCCUCUUGAUUGAUGAAUCAAAGCACUACGUGUUACAAGCUGCGAGUCCGGGCAAAAAUGGUUUUUUUGAUUGCAAGUAAAG